UCUGGUUUGUUUAAACUGGUCCAAUGCAGUAACCUGUUGCUGUUGCUAGAUUGAAUCUCCUGGACGAUGGAGGCGGCCGUGUCCGGUAAAGAGACCCUCGGAACCGAGCCAGACCUGAGCGCCGAACCGCGCCGCGACCGGGGCCCCGGAGAAAGCGCGGAUCCGGGGGACCCGGCCGGAGAAGAAGCCGCCGCGGAGGGCUGGGAGAGCCGCCGGAGAUUUGAAGAGGAGCUCUCGCCGCUCAGCCCGGAGGAGAUCGAGAGCCGGCUGGAGCGGACUCGGAGGGAGUUUUAUAACCGCCGGAAAAUCCUUAUCAGAAACCUGCCGGCCGACGUCACCAAUCAGGAGGUCCAUGAUCUAUUAAGCGAUUAUGACUUGAAAUACUGCUUUGUGGAUAAAUAUAAAGGAACAGCUUUCGUGACGCUGCUGAAUGGCGAACAAGCCAAAUCUGCCAUCAAGGAGUUCCACCAGUACCCUCUGCGGGACCGGGAGAUCUCGGUGCAGCUCCAGCCCACGGACGCCCUGCUGUGCAUCGCCAACCUUCCCCUGUCCUGCACACAGCAGCAUUUCGAGGAGCUGGUCCGGCCCUUCGGCAACCUGGAGCGCUGCUUCCUGGUCCACAGCGAGACCACGGGCCACUCCAAGGGCUAUGGCUUCGUGGAGUACAUGAAGAAGGACUCGGCAGCCCGAGCCAAGUCAGAACUGCUGGGCAAGCAGCUGGGCACACGCUCGCUGUACGUGCACUGGACUGAAGUGAACUCCCUCACCUACCCGCUGCUCCACUCUCGCUGCCUGUGCGUGGACAGGCUGCCCCGUGCUCUUAAAGACGUGGAAGACUUGAAGGAAGUGUUCGCUGAGUUCCACAUGCCUAUAUUUUGCCAAAUGGCUCAGGGGCAGGAUGCCCAGUUCAGGCGCUUUGCAGUGUUGGAGUUUGAGACGCCAGAGAUAACGGAGAUGGUCCAGAAGAGUACAGACGGGCUGGCUCUUGGCAGGAACCACAUCCGGGUAUCCUUCUGCGCACCCGGGCCCCCGGGACGAAGCAUGCUUGCAGCGCUCAUAGCUGCACAGACCAUGGCACUGAAUAGAGGAAAGGGGCUGCUUCCUGAGCCAAACCUAAUGCAGAUUCUCAGCAGCCUCAAUAACCCCACCACUCUGAAGCUCCUGAUGAACCCUCUCCUGCAGACACCCCCGGGACGAAAACCCGGUAACAAGCACGGAAUCCUUGGAGCUGCUCCCACGGUGCCUUUCCUGGGAAACCCUGCCCUGUCUGGAGCUCUCCUGCAGCUCCUGCUACAGAACCAGCUGCAACAGCACCCAGGUAUCAUGGGAGAUUCUCCUCAUGCAGUUUUACCGCAGCAGAAUGCACUGCAGCAAGGAUUGGCUAUGCUGGGGGAUCUAGCUGCAGGCGGAGCUUUGCCCUCAGUUGGUCUGCCUCCUGAUGUUCCCUCUGGUCCAGUGAAUUCUCCCAACUCGUUCUACGGUCUCUUUGGAGGAGUCCAAACGGAUAGGGAGUCCCCCACAGGAAUGGGGGAGCACCCUCAUCCGCAGGCCAACCAGCCUCCAGCUCACAUGGGCAGCCCACCGCUGGGGUCUAGUCUGGGAGGGAUGCAACAGCAGAGUCUGUCUGGGGACAGCGGCUCUGCAUUGUCUGGGGUUUCAAUAUUGGGAGAGCCACCUAAAGACUUUAAGAUUCCUCAGAACCCGUUCCUAAACAUCCAGGGUCUGUUUCCAAGUGUGGGCAUGCAAGCUGUGAACUCCAGACCACACCCCUACAGAAAGAAGCCAGGGAUUUUGGGAAGCAUGUCCAAUCCUAGAACUGUGCAGAAUUCCCAUUCCGAUUUUGCUGUUCCAUCUAGCAGUAGAUACCAGGAUAACUAUGCCUUUGGAGAAUACAAACAGGAUUCCUUGUCUCAUAUGUACCAACACCAGGAGCCCGCUGACCCUGCAGCAAUGCGAGGGUAUGGCCACCAUAGACAAAAGGGACCCUAUCGCUCCAGCUACAGUGAACGUAACCAGUUUGGCCCCUCUCCUGUGCCGCCACCCCCUCCCUUUAACCCGGGGUCUCCCUCUUCAUACUUCAACAGUGGCCUCAAGGCUGGAUUCCAGCAGUCUCAUCUCAAUAAGACGGUGGGAAUGCCUCCAGUGUCCCAGGGGGGUGGGAUGUACGGGUAUGGCCUCAGUGUUUCUCCUCCAGGGCACAUACUCAAGACACCGAUUGGAGGGCAGAAGCGAGUAUUCUCUCGCCUCAUCCCGUCCCCUGAGCCCAGUCCUGAAGGAGGCUACGUGGGCCAGCAUUCCCAGGGCCUAGGGGGGCACUAUGCUGACUCUUACCUGAAGAGGAAAAGGAUAUUUUAAGCUGAGCCCUGGAGUAGCAGAAGAAUGGAGAAAUUAUUGACUUUUUUUCUUUUUUUUUUUGGUGAUUUGGUCUGACUUCUACAGUAGUUGUAUUCCAGACCAGCUGUAAACUGUGAUUAUUUCCCAAGGUCUUUUUUUAAAUUUUAUUUUAUUCCCCCCCUCCAUUUAAUGAGGUUUUACUGUGUGUGUGUGUGUGUGUGUGUGUGAGGUUUAUAAAUUUUUUACCUUUUUAUUUGGGUUUGUAUUUACAUAUUUUGGUUUAUUUGGCGUCACAAAAUGGACUGACCCUUUAUUGGACUAUUACUGAGUGUUACAUUGCGUGAGCAAAGCCCAAGUGUUUUAUUCUUUAACUUUUUAUCAGUGUUUGUGUGAAAAAUAGGGGAAAUAUUAUUUACCUUGCUUUAAUUUGGCUUUACUGUGUAUUUUUUUUAGUUAGUGAUGGGGGGGGAAGAAAUGUAUUUGUUUGUUUGGUGUCCAUGUAAAUCUGUCUUAAGUUAAUGACUUGAAGAAUGCUAAUCGUCUCCCAUCGCCCCCAAAACUCUGGCUUUUUACAGUCCUUCUGGGGGUGUGGUGGUAAUAUUGUGUUCAGUCUUAAUUUCUCUUAGGUUUUGUUAGUUUUUAUUUGUGCAGCAUCUUUCCAGACCUGGUACAUCAUUUCUAUUUUUACACUGAAUGUAGUUUCCUUUAUUUGAUCAAUAUUGGAAGGAGUGUUUUUCUGAAACAGGAUUUCAGCUGUCAAGGUGUGAUUCCUUUUUGCAGUUUCUAUCGCCUUGUCAUUUUACUGGUUUAUUGCAUAGUAAAACACUGCAGGAUUCUUCAGUCUUCUGCAAGCUGGUAUUGCUGACAUCAAUCUAAUUUUUGAAGUUAACGAAUCGGAGACCAGUCCUGAAGCAGGAGGAUUUUGUCCACCAUAAGCUAGUUGAAAUGCUAAAGAUCUGGCAGUUCUUAGAAUUUAAAAUCAUGACUUGUCAGAUGGUCACUGCUUUUUAAAAAUAGAUUUAGUAUUUGUUUUUUUAUUUGUCUUGGUUUCUCAUUUCAAUCGACGGCAUGCAGACCGGUCAAGCUUAAACUUUUUUUUUUUUUUCUGGUAAUGGCAGUUGUCGUUUUGCAUGCGACGAGCAAGAAAGCGUCUCUUAAAUUCUCCUGAAACCCGGGUUGUAACCCUUUUAUGUGCCAUUGGAAAUGCUUUUCACUGUCCUUCCUGACAUGUUAAUAGAUGCACUUAACUGUUCAACAUCUCUGCCUGUCCUACAAAAUCACAGCUGCCUUUCCAAGGUUGUAACUGCAGUUCAGCAGUAAAGCAUACUGUUGUACGUUUUCGAUUGCCUUCGCUGUUCAAAUACAGUAGCCACGUUGCAACAAAAACGUAAUAUCCUUUUGUGUCUUGUUUUUUUUUUUUUUUUUUUUUUGUAUAUGUAUUGCAGCUAUUUGUGUCUGGUUCUUAUUUUAUCUUAAUUCUCUGAGAGAACAAAUGCAUGCAACCAAACGCUAGGCUAUUGCUAGUUUUCAAUUUGAAAGCGUGUUCAUUCUUCUGUUUUAUACAUGCUGCGCUAUAGAAUGUAGAAGCAUCAUUUCUCUGGUUAAGAUUUCCUGUAGUAAUGUAUAUAUUUC